GCAAGCCUUCCUCUUCUCUCUUUUACCGACCGUUUCGAUUGCACAGCUAUUCCUUCUGCAACUAGCACCGCUUCUCGCGCUCUUUCGUCGUCUCCGUGGGAUUCACCUGUCAAGCUCGCCUUAUUAAAAGUAUUCCGCUGUUGAUUGCUCUCGUUCGACGACACACACACCAGCCGCACUGGCCGAGAAAAAGAAACGCGACAAGAAGUGAUUAGUAUUAUUAAUGCGUGCGAUCCGGCUGACGGCGCUCGCGGCUCCGUCGCGCGGUGCGUGUCUUCACCGUUUUUCUCGUUCCACCCUGACGCCUUCCGUUGCGGUGUUGACCACGUCAACGCGGUGUGCCGCGUCAUCUCCACCCGACGCGGCGAGCACCACCGCGUCCGUCGACUUCUCUAACCCAUUGCCGCGGAGACGGCAGAUCAACCACAACCUGCACUUUGACUGGCACGAGGAGGUGAAGCGGUCGGGUAGCAGGCUCAACGACAUCUCGUCCGCCAUGGAGGACGCCGCGCGCACCGACGAGCAGCGCCGACGUGUGGCGGGGUGGGUGCCCGUCGUCAAGACCCUCGGCGACCAGAAGCUGCGCGUCGCCCUUGUUGGCCGCAUGAACAGCGGCAAGUCGUCCGUCUUCAACCUUCUCUGCCAAGACCCGUCAAUGCCGGCGCGCAGAAAUGUUGUGAAGGACUUUAACGGUAUCACGCGUGAUUGCGUCGAGGCCCACGCCGUCCUGGAUGACUUGCACUUCACCAUCAUUGACACACCGGGCCUUGUGGGCGGCAAAAUCGUGGAGGAGGCUUUUCGCACCAUCGAAACGGCCGACGCGGCCAUCUUUGUGGCGGCCGUCGACGAGGACAUCUCCGCCGAGGAGCACGACUUAAUCCAAUACCUCGCUGCGAAGAAGAUGCCGACGUGUCUGCUGGUGAAUAAGAUGGACCUCGUGCCGGAGGAGCAGGAAGAGCUCGUGCUGGAGGAGUACAACCUCCUCGGUCUCGGCAACGCUAUUCCCUUCUCUGCGCGUAAGCGGGAGGGGCUGGAGAUGCUGUCCGCAGUUGUGGAGCCACUCUUCCACCUGCACGCCGUCCGCAAGGUGGAGAAUGACUGGGACAUGGAAGAUUUGGCGAUGAGCGGCGAUGAAGCGGCCAUGGAAGAAAUCCGCACCCGCAACUGCACCGACAAGUUCAUGCGUGUCGCCAUUGUUGGCCGCACCAACAGCGGAAAGACGAGUCUCAUCAACCGCCUCGUCGGCUACGAGCGCAACCGCGCUGCGGAUGAAACCAACACGACGCGUGACCCAAUCGAGAUCCCGUGCCUCUACAAGGGAAAGAAGUUGAAGCUGAUCGACACGGCUGGCCUGGCCCGCCAGCGCUACCGCACCGAUCGUGCCUUCCUCGAGCGAAUUCACAACCUGACGCUGAGUGAAAUUCGCUACGCCCACGUGGUGGUCGUGGUGUUCGACGCCACGGAGGGGCACCCGAACAAGUACGACAUGUCGCUGCUGCACAAGAUAGCGCAGGAGGGGCGGCCGUUCGUGCUCUGCGCAAAUAAAUGGGACGCGGUGCUGGACCAGAGCGCCACCGCCGAGGCCAUUGACUUCAAGAUCAAGCGUCAGGUGCAGGAGGUGAAGUACAGCAACGCCGUCGUCGUCUCGGCGCACACCGGCAUGAACCUGACGCUGUUGAUGGACCAGGUGCUGGAGCUGUACGACACGUGGAACAAGCGCGUGCGCCGCUCCGAGCUGACAAAGUUUUGGCGCAAGUUGGAGAAGUCCGUCGUGAUUCCCUACCACGUGGCGCGCGUGGGGCGCGUGACGCAAAUCAACACGCGGCCGCCGACUUUUCUGCUGCAGCUGCAGACCAAAAAAGAGGAGAAUGAACUGCCCAAGGCGCUGCAGGAGAUGAUGAAGAACGCCAUCGUGGAGGAGUUCGGCUUCCGUGGUGUUCCUGUGCGUCUUGUGCAGGAGGUGAAGGAUUCCAACCCCGAUUACAUCUAA